AUGGGACAAGAAUUGCCAUUAAAAGUAAAAGUUAAAAUUCCAACCGGUAGGGAGUAUGAGCAACCUACAGGGUUAUUCAUCAACAACGAGUUUGUUUAUCCAAAACAGAAAAAAACGUUUGAUGUUAUCUCACCUACCAAUGAAGAGUCUAUCACUUCGGUGUAUGAAGCUCUUGAAGAAGAUGUCAACACUGCAGUAGAUGCUGCACGCGCUGCAUACGACUCAUGGUCUACUAGUGCUCCAGAAGUUAGGGCUAAAGUCUUGUACAGGUUGGCUGAUUUGAUUGAAGAGAACGCUGACUUGUUGGCUGAGAUUGAAACUUUUGACAAUGGUAAAUCCUUGAUGAACUCAAAGGGUGAUGUUGCAUUGACUGCCGCUUACUUUAGAUCCUGUGCUGGUUGGUGUGAUAAGAUUUUGGGUAAUUUGAUCAACACAGGUGCCACUCACUUGAACUAUACUCAGAGAGUGCCAUUAGUUUGUGGACAAAUCAUUCCAUGGAACUUCCCCAUCUUGAUGUUGUCGUGGAAAUUGGGACCAGUUUUGGCAUCAGGAUCCACCACGGUUUUGAAAUCUGCCGAGUCUACCCCCUUGUCGGCAUUGUAUGUUGGUAAGUUGUUAGUCGAAGCUGGUAUGCCAAAGGGUGUUGUCAACAUCAUCUCUGGUUUCGGUAACCCUGCAGGUGCUGCUAUUGCAUCACAUCCUAAAUUGGAAAAGGUUGCAUUUACCGGAUCAACUGCGGUUGGACGAAAAAUAAUGAAAGCAGCUGCUGAAUCCAACUUGAAGAAAGUUACUUUGGAAUUGGGAGGUAAAUCACCAAAUAUUGUUUUCAAUGAUGCUGACAUUGAUCGCACUAUUCAAAAUUUAGUGAUGGCUAUCUUUUACAACUCAGGUGAAGUUUGCUGUGCUGGUUCACGUGUUUUGAUCCAAUCUGGUGUCUAUGACGAGGUUUUGGCCAAGUUCAAGAAAGCAGCUGAAAGCAUCAAAGUUGGCAAUCCAUUUGACCCAGAAACCUUUAUGGGUGCACAAGC